AUGCCUCUCCCGUGCGCAGAGGCUGAUGCUGCCCUGCGCCAGCUGCAGGACGCCCCGCUGGGCGCUCUGACCGUCUAUGUGCUCCCUGAAACCUCCUCGCUGCUCCCUCAGGCAGGGAGAGCGCUGCGCUCCCGGCCCCGUGCCCAGCGUGGCCCCGUGCGCCGGGGAAGGGCUUCCACUGUCCCUCUCGCUGCAGGCUCCAGCGCUGCCUCCCUCUAUCCCGUGCUGAACUUCCUGCUGUACGUGCCGGAGCGCUCCCACUCCCCUCUGUAUAUCCAGGACAAGGACGGAGCCCUGGUGGGCACCAAUGCCUUCCACAGCCCGCGCUGGGGUGGCAUCAUGGUUUACAACGUGGAGGGCCCUGCUGCUCCCCAGGCGUCGCUCCCGCUGCGCGUGGACGUGGACAUGGUGCGAGUGAUGGAGGUGUUCCUGGCGCAGCUCCGGUUACUGUUUGGGAUUUUGCGGGAAGAGCUGCCGCCGGAGUUCCUGAUGGAGAGUCCAGGGAAUGAGGGACUGGCUGACUGGGAGCUGGAUCGCCUGCUCUGGGCCCGCACUGUGGAGAACAUUGCCACCGUUUCCACCACCUUGACCUCGCUGGCCCAGCUGCUGGACAAAAUUGGGAACAUCGUCAUCAAAGAUGAUGUUGCCUCUGAGGUAUACCGAGCGGUGGCUGCAGUGCAAAGUGCCAUGGAAGAGCUGGCCCUGGGCCGCCUCCGCUCAGCCUUCCAGGCCAGCAAGGAGGCCAUCACCUCCUCGGAGCGGGCCUUCUUUGACCCGUCCCUCCUCCAUCUCCUCUACUUCCCCGAUGACCAGAAAUUUGCCAUUUACAUCCCGCUUUUCCUGCCCAUGGCUGUACCCAUCCUCCUGUCCCUGGCCAAGAUCCUCCGUGAGGCCAGGCAGCGCAAGAAGGAUCCCACCAAGACGGACUGA